CCCGAGCCGAAGGAGGCGCCGGCCGCGCCCGCGGCGGCGGGGAAGAGCUCGGGGCCCGAGGAGGCGAAUGUGACGGGGGAGCUGGUGCCGCAGCCGCGGCGGCCGUGGGCGAGGUUGCUGGCGCAGUACCCAAAGUUGAAGGAGAUGCAACUCUCUGCUGAAAAUAUUGGUAGUGCAAAUGCAGAUUACUCAUUGUUCUUGAUUUUUGCAGUUUAGGUCGCAACUGUUAGUUGAUAGUUCUCUGUGCAUCACUUAACGAUUUUUAUGCUGUAUGUGCGACCAUAAUGAUUCUUAGAUCAGGGCUGAAUGGAAUUCUUAAAUCAUCAUUUAUGAUUCAUAUGAGGCUCCCAGUAGAAAGUCAAUUCUCGGUGUGAAGACCGGCAAGCAACUCUCUGUUUUUCUUGAAAAAAAAUAGACAAAUUAUCUUCAUGGGCUUCUCAGCAUUUCAAGUGUGAAUGCACCUACUCCUCAUUUUCCUAUAUAUGGCGAUGAAAUUUCUGUUGGCAGAGGUGACGACUGUCACAUAUGUUUGGAUGAUCAAGCUAUUAGUGGAAAUCUAUGCAUGUUGCGAUGUCUUCAGCAAGGAGGUCCAUGUGAGUUAGAGGCCACAGGCCAAAAUGGCUUGGUUGUACUAAAUGAAAAAAGGAUCAGCCCAGGUGACAAAGUUUCUCUCAUAGGAGGGGAUGAGGUUAUUUUUGGGGCCAAGCAUGCCUAUAUUUUUCAGCAUCCUCUGAGGGAUACUGAAGUUACUAAAGCGGUGCUGAAUUCUGCUGACAAUUCAGCUGAUACUGAGCCCAGCAGAUGGAUAACCUUGAAGGAUGGGAUGAAACGUGGAAUUCUUAACUCAAAUGAUAUUGAUGUAACCCUUGAUAAUUUCCCAUAUUAUCUCAGUGAGAUUACAAAGAAGAUACUCUUGUCAUCUGCAUCCAUACACUUCGGGAAGUUCGGGAUACCCUUAUCAAAAAUUGCAUCUCUAAAUCAGCGAAUUCUGUUAUCUGGUCCAUCAGGGUCAGAAAUUUACCAGGAAACACUGAUAAAGGCUCUUGCAAAGCAUUAUAAAGCAAGACUUCUCAUAGCUGAUUCUCUUACGCUGGGUGGUCAGUCGUCUUCCAAGGAUGCCAGGAUGGAUGAUGCACCUUGUAGUUCAAGAGAUAUUGAGGGGCCAUCCAACCUAAACACUUUCAGAGAAGGGGAUAGGGUAGAGUAUACUGGUAGUGCCUUUAAGCUGACACAAAGGGGCCCUGCUUAUGGUUCUCGAGGCAAAGUGGUGCUUGCUUUUGAAAACAAUCAGUUAUCUAAACUUGGAGUUAGAUUCAACAAUCCUAUCACUUAUGGUAAUAAUCUUGGAGGUUUGUGUGAGGGAAAUCACGGCUUCUAUUGUCAUGCUGAUGAACUUCGUCCAGAUUCUUUUGCUGGUGAAGAAGUUGAUAGUGUUGCUUUAGGAAAGUUAAUUGAGGUCAUUUCAGAAGAAAGCAAAAGCGGUAAUUUGAUUGUGUUACUCAAGGAUGUCCAGAAGUUAUUUACCGAAUGUAGAGAAUCGCAUGCAUCACUGAGAAGCGAACUUCCACCUGGUGUUCUGAUAAUUGGGUCUCACACUCAGACAGAUAGCCGCAAUGAUCAGUUACAUCCUGGAAGAUUGCAUGUUCCCAGGCUAUCUAGUGGCAACCAGACAUUACUUAACACUACCCAGGAAUUCUUGGGAACUGGAUUGCAUGAAACAAACAGAAGUGCUACAAAGUCAAUGGAGCAUCUAAAUGAUCUUUUCCCUAAUAAAAUUAUCAUUGAACUUCCCCAGAAUGAAGCACAGCUAUCAAAUUUGAAGAAACAACUAGAACGCGACACUGAAACCCUUAAAGCUAAAGCCAAUGUUCUUAAUAUUCAUAAGUUUCUGACCAGCAGGGGAAUCGAAUGCAAUGAUCUUCAAGAAUUGUCUAUCAAAGCUCAAAUACUAACUAAUGAAAGUGUGGAUAAGAUUGUCGGCCAUGCUAUUAGUCAUCACAUUCAGCACAAUAAACCCCCAAGUGAUGGCAAAAUGAUACUUCCAAUCAAAAGCCUCAAGCAUGGAUUCAGUAUGUUACAGAACACUCACAGAGGAAGUAAGAGUUCAAAGAAUAUAUUAAAGGAUGUAGUCACAGAGAAUAAAUUUGAGCAAACAGUCCUUUCAAAUGUUAUCUCACCUAAUGAGACUGGAGUUACCUUUGAGGACAUUGGAGCGCUGGACAAUGUGAAGGAGACACUGAGGGAACUGGUGAUGCUCCCUCUACAGAGGCCUGAAUUGUUCAGCAAAGGGCAGCUAAGAAAGCCUGUGAAGGGAAUACUGCUCUUUGGACCUCCUGGAACAGGUAAAACAAUGCUUGCAAAAGCGGUAGCUACUGAGGCAGGUGCAAACUUUAUCAAUGUAUCAAUAUCAAGCAUUAUGUCAAAGUGCCUUGGAGAAGCAGAGAAAUAUGUGAAGGCCAUUUUCUCUUUGGCUAGUAAAAUAUCUCCUGCAGUAAUAUUUGUUGAUGAGGUUGACAGUUUGCUAGCAAAGAGAGGAAGCCAAGUAGAGCAUGAAGCAAUGCGCAAGAUUAAAAAUGAAUUUAUGGUAAAUUGGGAUGGUUUGCGCACUAAACAGCAAGAACGUGUACUUGUUCUUGGAGCCACAAAUAGGCCACAUGAUCUUGAUGAGGCUGUUAUUCGAAGGUUUCCUCGCAGAAUAAUGGUGAGCCUUCCUGAUGCAUUGAAUAGAGAAAAGAUUUUGAAAGUCAUAUUAUCCAAAGAAACGUUGGCACCAGAUGUGGAUCUUCGGUCAGUUGCCAAUAUGACUGAAGGAUAUUCAGGGAGUGACUUGAAGAAUCUCUGUAUAACUGCAGCGCAUGGCCCUAUUCGUGAAAUUUUUGAGAAGGAAAAGAAGGAGAAGAGUUUGGCGAUAGCUGAAGGUAAGCCUGAGCCUCCGUUGUAUGGAGGAGAGGACGUUCCCCCACUUGGAAUGGUUCACUUGAAAUUUGCGCUUGACCAGGUGGGUGCUAGCUUGUCGCCUGAUUCAGUAACCAUGAACCAGAUCGUGCAGUGGAACAACGAGUUUGGAGAUGGGGGAUCGAGAAAGAAGGAAACACUGACCUACAUAAUAUAGUGGAACAUAGAGAAACAACAGCAAGUGUACAGUUGCUAUAUUUCCCAAACUGGGAAUGUAUGUCCUCACAAGUCGCCAUGCUCGGAUCAGUCGGGGUUUUUCUCUGCUAAAAAUUCCAGCAGCAGCUGCCUCUGACGCUCCCCUGUAAUUAGCUUGAUUGCCUCUGAAGUACUCUUAUCUGAGAGUCAUGAUUGAUAUGAUGCUGUUACAACAGAGAUCAGUACUCAUUGUACUAUACUUCCCUUUUCCUUCCUUUUACACCCUUUUUACUGGUAUUCUGUGAAUUGGCAUAGUCCUUGUACAUGUAAAAAAAAACAGAGAUAAAGAUCAUAGAUAAUUGGUGUCGAUUUGAUUGAUUGUUGCA